CUGAGCAUGCGCGGUCUCUUUCCCAAGUCAAGGGAUGAUUGCUUCCGAGGCAUUUUCCAGCAAAGGUUUGAAAGGUUGUCCGCUCUUUCUACGGUGUCCGAGUCUGCUCCUGCCCCCCCCCCCCGUUCGCUAUGAGUCUUUGGGAAUAUAAGCUGGGAAUACUUUAUGGUUCUUCUGGAAUCUUAAGUAUCUUGUCUGCGAAGAGAGCUGAAUGGCCUUGGAAAAUUUCCCCAGACCUCUUGUGAACAGAAAGACCUGUGGAGAUACUUGGGUACAUUUUGGAGCUGUAUUAGAGACCAGAAAAAAGAUGGAGGGCCAACACCCAGCAGAUGCAGAAAUUGGAAAAGGACUUCCAGCUGCUCAGCCUUGGGGCUGUGGGAAGAAUGGUGCAAGUCCUGGGCGGAAGAGCCAAGAAGAGGCAUCCAAUAGUUCAAUGGUCCAGUGCUGUCACUUCAGGAAAGUGCGGUUUCAGAAUGGGAGCCGUCCCCGAGAUGUUUGCACUCAGCUUCACUAUCUUUGUCGACAGUGGCUGCAACCAGAAAAAUACACAAAGGCUCAGAUGCUGGACCUGGUGCUCCUGGAACAAUUGCUGGCUGUCCUUCCCCCAGAGAUGUCAAAAUGGGUGCGGGAGUGUGGAGCAGAGACCAGUUCCCAGGCGGUGUCCCUGGCCGAAGGCUUCUUGCUGACUCAGGAGGAGGAAAACAUGCAAGAAGAGUUGCAGAAAUCUUCGGAGGCUUUAGCUGAGUAUCCUAAGGGGAGGAAAGAGUCACUCAAAUCUUCUCAAGAGCUUCUCUUCAGGGAGAACAUCCAGAAAGAUCAAAAUCAAGAUGCUACGCAAGAGAAUAGAAAACUGUCCUUGGACUUUUUAAAGUCACCUCUUUAUGCUGGAGCUGAAAGAUUUGCUGAACCGCUUCUUCAGGAUGUUGUGUCUUUUGAGGAAGUGUCCGUGUAUUUCUCCAAGGAGGAGUGGUCUCAACUGGAUGCUGACCAAAAAGCACUGCAUGGAGAAGUCAUGCUGGAGAAUUCCAGGAAUCUGUUUUCUCUGGGCUUUAAUGGGCAAGAGAAUAAGAAUUGCAAGCGGGAACGCCAAUCGAUCCAUUCGAAAUGGGGGGAAAGGAAAUUUGAAGAUCAGAUGCAACCAAAGAAUGAUGAAACAAAGAAAUCACAAAGUGGAAUUAAAAAUGGUUUUUCUAACCAUACAGUGAUCAAUAAUGGAGAAAGACCAUAUAAAUCCAUGGAGUGUGGAAAGAGGUUCAAUAAAUCCGAUCAUCUUUUUUCUCAUAAAAAGACACAUUCAGAAGAGAAACCAAAUACUUGUAUAGAGUGUGGAAAGACCUUCUCCUUUAAUUCUUCUCUUAUAAGACAUCAAAGGAAUCACAAAGGAGAAAGGCCUUAUAAAUGCAUGAAGUGUGGAAAAACCUUUAAUUGUAGCAGUAGUCUUAAUUCCCACAAUUUGAUCCACACAGGAGAGAAGCCAUAUCAAUGCAUGGAAUGUGGAAAGACCCUUACUUACAGCAGUAGUCUUUAUUACCACAUGAGGAUCCACACAGGAGAAAGACCUUAUAAAUGCCUGGAGUGUGGAAAGACCUUUACUCGUAGUCAUAAUCUUAAUUCCCACAAGAUGAUUCACACAGGAGAAGGACCUUACAAAUGUUUGGAGUGUGGAAAGAUCUUUACUCGUAGUUAUGAUUUUAAUUCCCACAUGAGGACCCACACAGGAGAAAGGCCUUAUAAAUGCAUGGAGUGUGGAAAGACCUUUACUCGUAGUAAUGAUCUUAAUUCCCACAAGAGGAUCCACACAGAAGGACCUUAUAAAUGCAUGGAGUGUGGAAAGACCUUUACUCGUAUUUGUGAUCUUAAUUCUCACAAGAGGAUCCCCACAGGAGAAGGACCUUAUAAAUGCAUGGAGUGUGGAAAGUCUUUUACUCACAGUUAUAAUCUUAAUUCCCACAAGAGAAUGCACGCAGGAGAAGGACCUUAUAAAUGCAUGGAGUGUGGAAAGACCUUUACUUGUGUUUAUGAUCUUAAAUCCCACAAGGGGAUCCACACAGGAGAAGGACCUUAUAAAUGCAUGGAGUGUGGAAAGACCUUUACGCGUAGUUAUGAUCUUAAUUCCCACAAGAGGAUCCACACAGGAGAAGGAUCUUAUAAAUGUGUGACAUGUGGAGAUAGCUUUAGAAGGAAUUGUGAUCUCACAUCCCAUAAAAGGAUCCAUAUGGGAGAAAAAUGGAGUGGAACUUUUUAAGGAGUAGCCUUUUACUCGCUAUAGAGGCUUCCACACAUUGGAAAAAUCAUAUCAAUAAAUAAAUUGUGGAAAGAGCUUCAAGGGUAAUCCAGAUAGUCCUUGGUGUAUGACUGUAUUUGAGCCCAAAAUUUAUGUUGCAAAGCGAAAGUUAUUGUGCAUUUUGCUCCGUUUUACGAGUUUUCUUGCCACUUUUUGCGAGUGAAUCACUGUAGUUGUUAAGUUAGUAAUACUGUUAUGAAAUAAAUCAGGCUUCCCCAUUGGAUUUGCUUGUGAGAAGCUCACAAAAGAUGAUCAAAUAAUCCAAGAACACUGCAGCUGACAUGAAUUGGUUGCCAACAUCUGAAGUUUGAUCAGGUGAUUGUUGAGAUGCUUCAAAAAUCAUAAGUGUGAAAAAUGGACGUCAUGUUUUUCAGUGCUUCUAUAACUUUGAAUAAUCACUAUAUGAACUAUAGUAAAUUGAGGACUACCUAUAGUUGUCCAAAAUAUCACACAAGGAUCAUUUGAGUAAUAAUCCAAAUAAACUGUAGCUCUUCUUAGACAUGCAUGCAUAAAUUGCGUUUCUAAUGCAAACCAGAACAGUGUGGAUCCCUAAUCCUGCUUGUGGUUUUUGCUAAGU